GAAGCAUACACGUGUGUGGACAACGUUUUGUGCCAACUUUCAUGACCAUUCAUGACACUAGAGCGUAAGGUAGAGAUGACCUACUCUCGAAGGCUGGGAGCGUUUGUAGUGCUCAUCGCCUUCAACAUUGUUGUGUUUCUAGCAUUGCAUGUGACCUUCUACUCUUCGAGUCGAGCACAUUUUCUGACACAAAAGCGAGGUCACUUAAUUGGACGGGUUAAUAGCCGCCUGGCCCUGGAGCGAGUUACACACACAAACAGCACCACGUUUGUAGUGCUCGGCAGAGAGCGGGAGUACCGCCAAGGGGACGUUCUUACUGCAGUCAUACAGGCGAGAGACGCCGGUGGAAGACCGAAGACGUACGGAGGAGACUUUUUCCGCGCGAAGCUCGUCAGUGUCCGGCCCAGGGAGGCGAGUAGCGCUGGGCACGUGACCGACCAUGGGAACGGUACCUACACGGUGCAGUUCCCACUGUACUUCGUAGGGGGCGUCAAGGUGUCGAUCGAACUCGUGCACCCUAGCGAGGCAGUGAAGAUACUGCGGUGCAUACGAGAGGUCCCUGCAAAGAGAGGGUACGAAUGUAUCUUCAUAGACUUCCAGCGGGGCACCCGAGAGGAACGACCAUGUUUCACCUCUCAACCUCCGGGACGGCCACCGCACCAACUGUGCGAUCUGUCCAGAAAGGAGGCGAACGGGACUUGGUUCUGCGAGAGACCGGACUCUUUGCCGUGCUCUGCUAUCGCAGCAUGUCGUCGAAACGUGACCGAGAAGGGAAAGGGGUCAUCGACAAGACUUGAUGUAGCGUCAGAAGACGAAAUGAAACUCUUUCGAAAACCGUAUGUAGAAUCAGAGCCUCUGAAACAGGACAGCCCAAGACCCAUAGAUGUCAAGGAAUCAGUAUCGCCCAUCUUCCACAGUCUUCCCGCAUGCCCUGCAAUUGCUGUCAACAAAGAACUGAACGUCGCUGUUCACUACCGUUCUCACGGCCUCCCCGUAUUGGGAUCGCAGUGGAUGAACAUCUCCCGAAUCAGAUACGUUGUAGACGAGGUAGACUCCAUCCAUGGCGGCCCAAACACGGUCAUAGUUCUGGGUCUAUGGGCUCACUUUACGGCUGAACCUCUAGAGAUGUUUCGGGCUCGACUCUACGCCAUCCAGAACGCCAUACGUCGUCUUCUCCAGCGCAGUCCCGGCACGCGGGUGUUCGUGAGGACUGGAACGACGCGAGAACACAAAGGCAUGUCCUUCUACCUGCGCGGAAGCGACUGGCUGGCGUAUCAGAUCACACAAGAAAUCAGAAAGAUCUUCGGGCCUGAUAGGAGCGUGGUUGUGUUGGACACGUGGGACAUGAGCGUGUGCCAGUGGGAAGCUGAUGAUGUUCACCCGGGACCUGCUAUGGUAGACAGUCAGAUGAACAUGCUACUGUCUCAUAUAUGCCCCGAGUAGGGAAAUCUAAUAUCAAAUAUAUAUUAAGCAAGCACAAUCAGACACUACGUU